CUCUUCUUCUCACUUGGUCUGGCGUGAGUUGCCUUUGUAGGAAGUGACUGAGACUCCAGGGAAAUUGUUCGACAGGUUCUUCCAAAUGUUGAAAAUCAUCUCCCUAUCGCAACCUCGUAUCAAGUCUGUAGCCCGUUAUGUAGCCUCUGCAUGUUGCACCUCAACGAGCUGUCUAUCACCGUCUAAUUCCCCUUCGAAUCUAUUGGCACCUUCGAUUUGGAUUCUGUUUUCGCCAUUCUCGAAUUCGUCCAAGCAGAAGAAGGAAGAUACAAACGACGUUGUUUCCGUUUUCAACAGAGACCCAACAGCUCCCGCGAAACUCUUCGUGGUUCAACCUCGUCUUCGUCCCGAUACGUUUCUGGAAGCAAAGCUAAACGAGGCUUUGUGUCUUGCAAAUUCUCUAGAAGAACAACGAGAUGGGUAUUUUGAUACUGAUUUCUUUGACAAGGAAAUACCCCCUCACGUUGUAGUUCAAAAUCCUUCUGCAAGAGGGGCUCGCGCUGACACGUAUUUUGGACCAGGGACUGUGGACACCAUCAAAUGCCAUUUGAAUGUGACUGAGUCGAAGAGUGAAGUUGAUGCUAUUUUUGUGAAUGCCAUUCUCUCUGGUAUUCAGCAAAGGAAUCUGGAGCGGGCAUGGGAGAAACCUGUACUGGACCGUGUGGGUCUCAUUAUAGAGAUAUUCAAUGCUCAUGCCUACACAAAGGAGGCGAAGUUACAGGCUGAACUGGCUGCUUUGAUGUAUAAAAAGUCAAGGCUUGUUCGUGUACGUGGCCUUGAUGGACGUUACACAUUUGGUGCUACAGGAGAAUCCGAAGUUGUUAGUGCCAGAGGGAGAGGGAGUGGAGGACGUGGCUUUAUAAGUGGUGCAGGAGAGACUGAACUUCAACUUCAGCGGCGAAGGUUGNNNAUACGAAGAAAUCAUCUAUUAUCUCAAAUUGAAGAGGUACGCCGUACACGUGCUUUGCAGCGUGCUUCUCGAAAAAGGCACGGAGGUUCAAAUGGGCAACAUUUAGCCACUGUUGCUGUAGUUGGGUAUACUAAUGCUGGGAAGUCGACAUUGGUUGGUGCACUUUCAGGCAAUGAUCUCUAUAGUGAUUCUCGAUUGUUUGCAACUGUUGAUCCCAGAUUAAGAAGCGUUCUUCUUCCUUCUGGGAGAAAAAUACUCCUAAGUGAUACGGUGGGAUUUAUUUCAGAUUUGCCUGUGCAGUUGGUCGAAGCAUUUCAUGCAACUUUAGAAGAAGUUGUUGAAGCAGACUUGUUAGUGCAUGUGGUGGAUUGCACUGCCCCCAACCUUGACGAGCAUCGAUUGACUGUUUUCCAAGUACUUGAGAAAAUAGGAGUUUCUAAGACGAAGCUUCAAGAUAUGGUUGAGGUUUGGAACAAGAUUGAUUAUCAUGAAGAAGGCAAGAGUAUAGACGAAUAUUAUGAUGAAGAUAAUAGCGAGGCUGGCAAUUUGUCAGGAGAAGAUAGUACAAUGGCAAAGCUAUCAAAUUCUAAAACCAACAAUUUCAUUGAAAUAGAGAAGGGCGAUAUUACAACAAAGCAAGCAACUGGACUAGUCCGCCGAUCCUCCAUCGGAAAUGUCUGCCAGCUUUCUCAGGGAGUUCUUGGAAACACCAUGGAGGGACAAGACAGCGAUUGCUCUGAUGAUUGGCUAGCAGAAGAUGAUGAUCAAAACCAUUGGGUUGAUGAAAAUGGUUACUCUGAGGCUGAGGCUGAGGCUUGGGAGACCUCUGAAGGCCGGGGGAUGGUAAACGUUGUACAGCCUCCAGGUGAUCAAUGCAGUCCACAUGUCAGAAUAUCAGCUAGAUUUGGAGUUGGUUUGCGGGAGUUGCUAGAACUCAUAGAUGAUAAGCUGAAGGUUCAGGAUGAGAGGCUGAAAACUCGAAAUGUUUUAGAGAGAAGUAUUUUUGAACGUAAAUGGAGGCCAUCUCAGGCAGAGGCAGAAAUUGCAGCUGAACAAUCGGUUAAUAUAUAGAUUACAGUGCCUUCCAACUGCAACGGAGCUCUACCGAAAGCAUGGUUGUUAGUUGCUAUCUAGAUUUUUGUUUUAUAAAUGGGCGUUUGGUUCCCUUUUUUAGAACGGAGAGUAGGGUUAUUUAAGCCAAACUCGUAUUCGUUUCACAGUUUUGUAAAUCCAGGUUUGCUACGAUAAAUAUUACCCUAUCUGUUUCAGUUUUUCUGAAAUGCAUACGAGUUCAUUUUGAAUUUUGUGGCAAA